UCUCUGGUACACAGAAAGGUGCAAAAGCUCAAGUUCCAAGAAGAUGCUUUGGAGGUCCGGUCCUGUGCGAGUACAGGAGGAGGUCAAUGCACCUGAAAGCAUGGGAGACCUGAGAGGUCUUCUCCCCUUUCUGGAUGGGCUUCUUGCUGUAGCUGUGGGGCUGUUUCCUGAGAUGCAGUGAAAGGCAUCUCAAAAUACAACAGAGAGUCCAAAAAGCCCCCAAAUCCAGCAGUGAAGAAGCACUGCUCCGAUGACAGUGUCAGAGCUUCGGAGGAUCUUUAAGCUUCAUGCAAGUUUAGCCCAGAACUGUAAACUGUUUGUCCUCCAGAGCACACACAAGGACUAAAGUGAUGCUGCGUGAGCGGUGGGGAGGAAGGGGCUGCAUCUCCCAGCCCGCUGUGGUGGUACCUGCACCACAACAAAGCCAUCAGCCUCUCACCGAGGGAAAAGUAUUCACUUUCUCUACUUAGGCUGUGUGUAGUCAUUGUCUAAUAAUAUGAGCAUUUUGCCAUCCCUCUGCAAAUAAGGCUGAGGCUGCUGCCUGAUUGGUAUAUCAUCUCACUUUCGGCAUUGAUUUUCUUGCUCUCCUUAUUUGCUUCAUAAAAAGCGAGGCAAGGAGCUGGUGCUCGCUCGCUCCCUUUCCCUCCCUCCCUCCCUCCCUCCCUCUCUCUCUCUCUCUCUCUCUCUCUCCCUCCUGUGAGAAGCUUUUGGGAGCCUUUAUUUUUAGUAUGAGACAAACCUUGCUUUAUUUCAGGAGACGCAAGUUGGAUUAUAAAUCCUUUUGUAAAUGUGUAUGGUGAUAUUUGCUCCGCUUUUUGCAAUCUUUGCAUUUGCAACAUGCGGUGGGUACUCUGGAGGACUGCGCCUCAGUGUGGACUGUGCAAACAAGUCAGAGAGUGACCUCAACAUUGACAUAGCCUUUGCCUACCCCUUCAGUGCUUCUUCCAGAGAAUGGAGAGGGGAUGCUCUAGAAACAGAAGUGAGGUUGCAUCAAGUGAAUUUCGAUGCUCCCACUUGUGAAGGCAAGCACCGAGAAAAGCUCUCCUUGAUAGGGGACUUCUCCUCUUCGGCAGAGUUCUUUGUCACCAUUGCAGUCUUUGCCUUCCUCUACUCACUGGCCGCCACCGUGGUUUAUAUCUUCUUCCAGAACAAAUACCGUGAAAACAACAGAGGGCCUCUAAUUGAUUUCAUUGUGACAGUGGUCUUCUCAUUCUUGUGGCUAGUGGGCUCAUCUGCUUGGGCUAAAGGACUGUCAGAUGUAAAGAUUGCAACCGACCCAGACGAAGUGCUGUUACUGAUGUCUGCCUGCAAACAGCAGUCCAACAAAUGCUUGCCCGUUCACAGCCCUGUUAUGUCAAGCCUCAACACUUCGGUUGUCUUUGGCUUCUUGAACUUUAUCCUCUGGGCAGGCAACAUUUGGUUUGUGUUUAAGGAGACGGGCUGGCAUUCCUCGGGCCAGCGGCACCCUCCAGACACCAUGGAGAAGCAGUCCAGCAGCUACAACCAAGGUGGCUACAACCAAGACAGCUACGGGCCAGCCGGUGGCUACAACCAGCCAGGUUCCUAUGGCCAGGUGGGUGAAUAUGGCCAGUCCCAGAGCUAUGGCCAGAGUGGGCCAACCUCCUUUGCUAAUCAAAUUUAGGGUUCACGCAGCACAAGCUCUUGUAUCCCUCCCGUGUAGAGAGUUUAACAGGUCUCAAGUUUCAGCAGCACCAGAUUUUUAAGGGUUUUACAUAAAUUAAUACUACAACAUGGUGUUUAAUGUCAGUUGAAGAUCUAAGCCUACCUCCUGAGGCAGAUGGGAGGUGGCCAGUGGGCUGGAGUUGGCCUUUUUUUCCCUGAUUCGCCAGAUACAGGGGAUGUGCUCAUCGCACGUGAAGACCUGGAGUCAAUGUUGUAGUAUGUACUGUAGAGAUAACUUUAUGGUAGUUUUGUAUGUGUUAAGAUGGUAGAAGCAUUUUGUAGCCUCAAGUCUGUAGUAUUUAUUAUGCAUAAUAUAAUUGAAUUUCCUUCUGCAUUUUGGUGAAAAACAAAAGUGUUUUACUAUUAUUUCUACAAAUUAAUCUGUAUAUCCAUGCAUGUAACAUUGCACCUAAAUUUUCCGAACUGCCUGUCUGUGACUCUUCAGAUCAUUUGUUUUGGUUAUACCUUUUUGUUUCAGAAAAUUUUACUAUUAUUUCAGUUAACUGUGUCAUCUGUAACUUAGUGCAUGGAUAAGCAGUUUCAUACUACCAAAUGUCUGGACUGUGUAAAUGGAAAUUCUCAACUUCUGCCACUACAUUUUGUUAAAUGUAUGUUUAAAAGAAGUAUGCAUCUUUUAUAUAUUUUGCAGAGUUGAAUAUAUGGCUUACUCAAGUUCUGAAUGCUUUGUAACUACAAUGUUUUUCCUUGAAAUGGCAUUCAGUAGUAUAUAUGGUACCUGACCAAUGUUUAUUCCAUUUAACUCAGCUAAGUAUUCAUUCUAUAAAUCACUAUUUCUAUGGAUGUUUUGUGAAUCUUUUAAUGUGAGCUGUGGAGAAUAAGGACCAAGUAACUGUGUUAUAUGUUUACAAAAGUAUUUAUUUAACUAAGAUAACAGAGGUGCAGAUAUCAGUAUACAAAACCAUGUGAAAAUGCCCUGUUGCUUAAUAUAGCAAAACAUGAAAACCACAUGUAUUGUUGUGACCUUACAAUGCAUAAAUAUCCCUUUUUACCCUCUUAUAAUAAGAAAACCUUUCUAUCUGUGCUGUGUCAAGAUUGUUAGAUAUCCCUCUGUUCUGUCGCUGCUCUGAGCGCUAGCUUGGUGCCACUGGAGAAUGUAACUGGAUUGACCAAAUAACCCAGGCUCAGAGGAACUCAUCCUAAAAUAGCCAGACCCAAACUUUUAGCCCGUUCAGAUUUCUCCCUGGGAAAUGCAGCCCUCCCUCACUAUAGCAUAUGGGAUGCGUUGAGACAAACAAAAGCCUGAAGCACAAUAUACUAGUCAAAACUGAUCAUCUGCAUUUCUAAAUCAAAGUGUAUCGGUAUAUAAUCUUAUUGUAUGAGCUGUAAUGUUGAAAGCAUCUUAGCUUAAAACAGCUUAGUCUCUUCUAUGAUUGUUGUAACCAAUUUAUGGCUACUCAGUGGAUGAAUCUAUAUUGUGAUAUCUAUUUGACCCUAAUAAAGUUAUUGCAUACAA